AUGCCCCACAACAAAGGAAAAACGGUCGGAAAGAUGGACAGGGUUGCAAAGAAUCUCAGUCGCCUUGAGACUGAGCUUCGUCAUGUACAACGAAACGAUAAUUGUGGAAGGCUCGGCCCCACUGGGCAUGCGAAGAAGCUAAUUGACAAGCCCAAGGGUCAGGCAGGGAGAUCAGAGCUAAAAGGAGGGUAUAAUCUUCAACAAGCAAUGGGAUUGGCCGGUGACAACCGGAAAUAUAAUGCGUUUAGAAUGAUCGCACGGCGAUAUACGAAUCGAUACCUCGACACGGAGAAAACUCUCAAAGAGCAGGACAAACUCACUGUCACACUCCUUUUAUCAUAUGCACAGCGCAAACACCAGUUUCUGGCAAAGUUCUGUGAUAAUUGGCCAUUCAAUGACUUUGUGGCUAGUUAUCUUCGCAAUCAUGUCCAAUACACAAAGAAGCAUGCAAGUGAGGACGACUCAGAGACAGAUGACUCAGAUCUCAGUGACGGGGAACUUGAUGACAUGCUUAAUGAUGGUGACAAUACUUCAACCUCAACUUCACGACAAAAACGACACCAGCGCAUACAUGAUUCAGAUGAUUCAGGGACUGACGAGGAGCACAACUCACGACCUCAAAAAAAACUCAAGUUCGCACAUGUGUCUAUUCCUGCUCGUGCAAAGCCAGCUCCAGCACCUCGCAUAAAGCCAGCUCCGAAGUCAAGGAUGACCCAGGCUCCUUCUCAGCCAUCUAGACCUGCCGCUGCCCACUCCAACCCGUCCAGACCCACCACCUGCCACCAAGUCGAAGCCAAUAUCCUCAUCAGACACAUGCACCACGAAGGUUGCAACAGAAGCACUCGUGCCAAGACCAAGCCUAAACCACUGGCAACUGAAGCCUCUGCGGCACAUCUCAAGAUUGACACUGCCAUCAAUGAUGAUGAUGACACUUAUGAGUUUGCUGACCUCCCCUUGGUCUGUCCGAACGAUAACUGCAGGGAUCUUGUGCCGGCAGACCCCAAUAUUGAGCUGAGGGUCUACUGGCUGGAGCUCGAGAUAUGCGCAGCACUUCGACAACUGCGUGAAGAAAAGCUCAAUAUUCAAUGCGCCAAAGCACGAGGAUGGCCAACUAUCAUCACCUGGGAGACCGUCUCAGAUCGAGUCUGCAAAGUGACUCCGCCGAACGAGAAUUUUCCAAGCUGGCCAUCACUAGCAGACAGCGCAUACCAGGCAAUGGUUACAAAUCACGCUCGUCCUGGAUACUACGGGGAGAAAGGAAAAGCGAUAAUCCAGUCUGCGAUAUUUUCCAUGUUCGACCAUGAACAGAUUUCCAAUGAGGCCUUCGCUCCCCUUGACUUCAAGGUCUAUAUCGAAUACUACCUCAUACCUUGGGUCGCUAUCCACUUAAUAUCGAAGGACCUUGAAUGCAGUCUAGAAGAGGCAUAUGAAGAGAUGAUUGCUAGCGCUGAUUCAGGUGUUUCUUUGCAUCCAAUGACCGAAGAAGACUCACGCAUUGAAAGAAUUACACGCCAACACUGUGUAAUGGCUGCCGAGAAACGGGUUGAGAAGGUCGAGCGCUUCCGCAAGGAGAUGAAUGAUGAAAUCGAGAAGGGAAAGGAGGAACAGAGGAUGCAUGACGAUUUAGCUGCAAAGAUUGCUGCCAAGCGCGCACGCAAAGUGCCUGUUGCUUCCAAAUCGCAACCAACAGCGGGUCCUUCAAAAUUUCCUGGAUCAUAUGAUGAUGCAGCAUAUGAAGACGACGACGAAUCAGAGCUCUCUGAACUGCCUGAGAGCAUCCAGGUUACCCCGGUACCACAGCCUAAACCUUCACGUGCACGACCAGCAAGGCGAAGGUCACGCAGAUGA